UACACUUCACCAUAAAGUAUGACAUCUCAGAUCAGCUGUGUGGUCGCUGGAGCACAGAACCAUGAUGGAACAACAGUGAAGAAGACCUACGAGAGAGAGAAAGAGAGCGGAUUCGUGUCAUGAUGGUGCUCGUAUUGAUUGUCGCAGGUCUUGUGGUUGUCGCGCUGCUCAUGGUUUUAUUCGCACCCCACAUUAGGAAAUACUCUGCAGGUGGAACAUGUAUGUCUAUGGCCCGGUUGGACGGGAAGACGGUUUUGAUUACUGGAGCCAACACUGGUAUUGGGAAGGAGACUGCCCUGGACCUGGCUAUCAGAGGUGCCAGGGUGAUCAUGGCGUGCAGAGAUGUGGAGAAGGGCGAAGAGGCCGCAGCAUGGAUACGACGUAUCGACUGCAAGGCAAACGUAGAGGUUCGAGAGCUGGACCUGGCUGAAACCAGCUCCAUACGGGCCUUCGUACAACGCUUCCUCCGAGAGGUCAACCACCUCCACAUCCUGAUCAACAAUGCUGGGGUCAUGAUGUGUCCUUACGUGAAGACCAAAGACGGCUUCGAGAUGCAGCUGGGGGUCAACCACCUGGGUCACUUCCUGUUGACGUACCUCCUGAUUGGUCUGCUGAAGCGCAGCGCUCCGGCCCGUAUCGUCGUGGUUUCUUCCCUGGCUCAUAACGUUGGCUGGAUCCGCUUCCAUGACCUCCUCAGCCAGGGCAGCUACAACAGCGGCCUUGCGUACUGCCAGAGCAAGUUGGCCAACCUUCUGUUCGCUAGGGAGCUGGCCCGCAGACUCAAAGGUUCCGGUGUGACUGUAAACUCUGUCCACCCGGGGUUGGUGCGCUCUGAGCUGGUCCGCCACUCCACCGUCAUGUCUCUGCUAUUCUCUCUGUUCUCCUUGUUCCUGAAGAGCCCUCGGGAAGGGGCCCAGACAUCCAUCUACUGCGCCGUGGCAGAGGAACUACACUCCCUCACCGGGAAACACUUCAGUGACUGCGCCCCGGCCUCCGUGGCCCCCCAGGGGAGGAACGAGGAGACGGCCAGGAAGCUGUGGGACGCCAGCAGUGAGCUCCUGGGCAUCGUCUGGGACCACUGACCUCAACCACCCUCUAUCAUCAAAACACGGGCUGCAACCCCAAACGCCCUGUAUAGGGCACUACUUUUGACCAGGGCCUUGUUCCAAAUCUCAAUUGUUACAGCAAGAGCCGGCAGUAGGGCCCACAGGGCCAUGCUAGAAAGUAGUGCACUAUAAAAGGCAAUAGGGUGCCAUUGUGGAUGCCGCCAUGUUCUCUAAUGAGUCUUUGUUUUCAAUCGGAGUACAUAUUUAGCCUUAUCAUUUCAUGACACUACGUAAUCUCAAACUACAGUUAACCCAACAGCACUUGAAUAAUUUGGUAGUAACCAUAGAGGUAUACAGACACCAUUAUGGUAGUAACCAUAGAGGUAUACAGACACCAUUAUGGUAGUAACCAUGGAGGUAUACAGACACCAUUAUGGUAGUAACUGCAAGAUCAAAUGUAUUAUUGUUCUGUCACAGGUCUAGCCAGGGUGUAACCAGGUCUAGCCAGGGUCUAGCCAGGGUGUAACCAGGUCUAGCCAGGGUCAUAACCAGGUCUAGCCAGGGUCAUAACCAGGUCUAGCCAGGGUCAUAACCAGGUCUAGCCAGGUCUAGCCAGGGUCAUAGCCAGGUCUAGCCAGGGUCAUAGCCAGGUCUAGCCAGGGUCAUAGCCAGGUCUAGCCAGGGUCAUAGCCAGGUCUAGCCAGGGUCAUAGCCAGGUCUAGCCAGGGUCAUAGCCAGGUCUAGCCAGGGUCAUAGCCAGGUCUAGCCAGGGUGUAACCAGGUCUAGCCAGGGUGUAACCGGGUCAUAACCAGGGUCAUAACCAGGUCUAGCCAGGGUCAUAACCAGGUCUAGCCAGGGUCAUAACCAGGUCUAGCCAGGGUCAUAACCAGGUCUAGCCAGGGUCAUAACCAGGUCUAGCCAGGGUCAUAACCAGGUCUAGCCAGGGUCAUAACCAGGUCUAGCCAGGGUCAUAACCAGGUCUAGCCAGGGUGUAACCAGGUCUAGCCAGGGUCAUAACCAGGUCGAACCAGGGUGUAACCAGGUCUAGCCAGGGUCAUAGCCAGGGUCAUAACCAGGUCUAGCCAGGGUCAUAGCCAGGGUCAUAACCAGGUCUAGCCAGGGUCAUAGCCAGGUCUAGCCAGGGUGUAACCAGGUCUAGCCAGGGUGUAACCAGGGUCAUAACCAGGUCUAGCCAGGGUGUAACCAGGUCUAGCCAGGGUCAUAACCAGGUCUAGCCAGGGUCAUAACCAGGUCUAGCCAGGGUGUAACCAGGGUCAUAACCAGGUCUAGCCAGGGUCAUAACCAGGUCUAGCCAGGGUCAUAACCAGGUCUAGCCAGGGUGUAACCAGGUCUAGCCAGGGUGUAACCAGGUCGUAGCCAGGGUGUAACCAGGUCUAGCCAGGGUGUAACCAGGGUAAAUUAUAAACCAGCUGAUUUGUAUCAUAUUAUAAAUGGGGUUCCAAAAUUCCUGUAACUUUCACGAAAUGCCCGUUUUCCAAAAUCCUAGUUGGAAGAUGGCUGUAAUUACAGGGGAAUAAGCAAAACACCCAGGAUUUCUGGGAAUUACAGGAAUUUGACAAAUUAUCCUCUGUGUGGAAUCAGAUUUAUUUCCUUGUUUUGGACCUUUUCCACUCUAGGCUUUCUUAUAUCCCGCUCUUUUUCCCUUCAGCAUUGUUAAGCUACCAAGAUGUCUUUUAUACAAAUGUGAAACAUGCCUUUUUAGUACAAUUUAGGGUCGCAAUAUUUUUUUAAUAACAAUCCUGGAAUUACAAAGGGAACAAAUCAGGAAAUCCUGAAUCCUCUCCAACCAGUAUUUAUGAAAAAAAAAAAAACAGGGAAUUUUGGGAAAGUGAGCAGAAAUGUGCCAGAACUGCAUAGCAGUCAUGUCAGGAGUUGAAUGUUUACAUCUGUAAAUAAAGAUAAUAUUACGAGCUA